AUGAUCUCUGCCGAGGCCGAUGCGGGAAGACAUUCCAUCCUUCGAUGCAUGGGUAACAGUGGAAUCUGCAGGCCCUCUUGCAGAAAGAGCGAACAUCCCUACUUCUAUUGCAGAAAUUACCAACCAUGCUGCCUCCAGUCCUUCAUGAGGAUAAACACUUCCGGCAGAGACACACCUAGUGAUUUGUCCUAUGAGAAGCACUGGCCCAAAGUACCUUGA